CAAAAGAAAUUGAAACUUUGCUUUACAUUAGAAAAUAGGAUCAUACGAAGGAGAACCAAGUUCCCAUCGCUCCCUGAUAAGCUGAGUUGUGGUAUCUGAUGCUUGAGAUACGAUUUCAAACUUGUUUGUCGAUGAUUUUUGUAAGCCCCGACGCAGCUUUGGGAUCCUCUCCAAAUCUCCUCCCAUUCCGUUCUGCCCAAACUGCACAUAGAGUGGCCUGGAAGACAUAUCGAAACAAGAACAGCUCCAGCUUGCUUCGCCUUCUAGUGAGAAGGGAUAUAAUGUCAUCCCACAUAUUGGUAUAAUCCAUCCUCAAAAGCUUUCUGGUGAGGCUCGACCACACCUCUCCCGAGUAUUUGCACUGAAAAAACAGAUGGUUUCUUGUCUCAGGACAGUCCUUGCAAAGCGGACACAUAACCGCAAUGCCACCAUUCCAUAGCGAUAUACGAUCUCCAGUAUGCGAUCUGUCCAGGAUAGUGACCCAUGUGUGGAAAGAGAACCUUGGUGUGCUGUAGCGAAACCACACACCUUCGAACUAGUCAACCCGUGCCUGCAUCCCUCGCAAGAGCUUCCAAGUUUCUUUGGUAGUAAAGCUCGGUUUAUAAUCAUCACCACACUUCCAUAAUCUGAUAUCCUCUUCACUCUGCAAACCUCUGAUUUUAACCUUCAAAAUUUCCAGCUCGAUGAGAUUAUAAAGCUCCACUCGGUGUCUUCUUCUCUUGUGCUUUUGGAUUACUGUAGCAACUGUAUCAUGGAGUCGAAUACCCAUAUUCAUAGGUCCACCAGCUCCCGUUUUAUCCAUUAGACAUCCUAGUUCUGACCAGUCAUCAAACCAGAAAGACGUUGACAUGCCGUGCUCUUAUAAUCAAACUCAAAACAAAACAAAGGAGUCAUGUACCGUGCUCUUCACUCCACAUUGUUUUUUUAAAGACUCCUACAUUUUCUUAACACGUGCGUGAGCUUCCAACGAUUCGGUUAGUGCUAAGCUUCACAUGCGCCUAAAAGCCCUAACGGUCUAAGCAACAACCUCCAACCUCGCGCCAUUAUAUAUAAGAUUCUUGAACUUGUUCUUCAUCGCUCAUUCAUCUUUCUCUCUAGACACUUUCCCUCUCUGGCCAUGGCUACUUCUCCAUCUGAUAAACUCGUCCAAGACCAAGAAGUGGGAACAGAGGAGGUUGAUCCCGUCAAAACAACUGAGAAAGAAGACAAAGCGCGAACAGAGGAAGACGAAGUGCGAACAGAGGAACAAGAAGUACAGACAGAGGAAGAAGCUAUCGAGAGCCUUCUUGCUUCUACUCGAAAUCUCACCAUACAAGACGCAGAGUCUGACCAAGGAACUGAGAACCAUAAUCCUCAAGAACAGUCAAUGAUACGUAGGAGCGGUCAAAGGAUGGAACGUGGCUCAACAUCGUCUUCAAGGGAUCAGAACCAAAACCGUCCUCUUGUUCUUCCGAAUCCUCCUCCUAGCGCUCAAACCUCUCGACAGAUGAUGAUGAUGCCUCCUCGUCUUGGACCAAGCGUGCCUCCAUAUCAGCAAGACCCUUUCGGUUUGCCGCAGCCAAGAUGGCUCGUAGUAGACCACUUCUACUCAGACGGGCUUGGUCUAUACGGUGCACUAUGGAGAUUCCGAACUAUAACUCCUUUUCUCCCAAAUCAGAACACAUAUCCGCAUCAGCUGGUGCCGAUGGAGCUCCCUGGUCAGCCUGGAACUGUUUUAGUAUGCUACAGCCAGUCGUUCGGUGUGCUUCGGCAAGGACAGCUUGUUCCCCACCACGAAGCUCCUCCAAUGAGGCCGCAGCAGAACCAGUUUCGAAGUCUACCUCCAAUGAGGCCAAUGCUGCCACAGGACGACUUCGUUGUCAAUCUAGGUCAAGUCCCGGUGAGGCCAAUGAUGUAUUACCAGGAACAGAACCAGAUUGUUCCCAACGCAGGCAUAAGUCAACCCCCAUUGUGGCCAAGCCUACCCCAACUUGGAGCUCCGAUGAUGCAGCCACCGGUGCUUUUAUAUCCGCCACCUAUAGUUAACGCUGUACCAGUGAGGCCAGUGAUGAACCAAGGAGGACAACGGUUUAGGUUUCCUAUGAUUCAACAGCACCAAGGUUCUCCCAGUGCACCAUGGCCUGAGCAGAAUCAGCAACUUCAGUCUCCAAGGGAGUCUCAGGGUUCCAACGAUGGACCGUUUUCUUCUGGCGGAAGUCAAGACUAGAGCAUAAGAGGUUUAGGUAAAAAGUUAAAAAAAAAAAGAACGAUUCUCUGGAUACAAAAUGAUCUCAUAUUGAUUUUGAAAAUUGUAAAUGAAAUGUUGAUUACUCGUUUUUUACUCAAAGAUCUGUUUAGAAGUUUAAAAGGAAGCGUUAUCAGGUUAUCUCUCACCGUUAAAAUCGUAUACGACUGGGAUGAAUUAUUAAAUCAGAUUUUAGAAAACAAGCGAAUUUUUAAAUUAAUCACCAUUGGAUAGUGUUAUUGGGCCAGAGAGGGGCUUUUUAGUGUAAACGAGCCCAUUAAGUAGACUUUAAACCGUAACAGUAUCCCACAUCGCUUGUGUAAGAAGAGGAAGCUGAGUUUAUAUAGUGAUGGAGUGACGAAGGUGAUUGUCCCUUCGGGGCAUCCGAUAAAAUUGGAACGAUACAGAGAAGAUUAGCAUGGCCCCUGCGCAAGGAUGACACGCACAAAUCGAGAAAUGGUCCAAAUUUUU